CGUAACGAAGCACAACGCGAAGGCGGAGCGAAAAAAAAUUAAAAUAAGUUUAUAAUAAAAAAGUACAAAAUUAAAAGAAAUAACGAAAAUGAAUUUAUAUUUAAAAUUGUGUCUAUUAAUAUCCGCGAUAUCCUUGAUACGUUCACAUACACAUGAUGAAAUCCCCAAGUGUACGCUGACGGGUGUGCAUAAGACGCGUCAAACCGUACUCGAAUCUCCCAAUUAUCCCAAUAAUUAUAAACCCGAUACUUGUUGGGAUUAUGUUAUACGUUCGCCUUACAAGUGUCCUACUACAUUUCAUAUACAAUUUUUGGAUUUUUAUUUGGAAUCCUCGAACGGUUGUAAGAAUGAUUAUCUGGCUAUUGGUUUGGAAAAUGCCGACGAUGAUAUGGAUGUUUUGUGUGGGCAAGUGGUGGGUAUUAAAAAGUAUCAUACGCCGGAUGGUGUAUUACGCCUCAGAUUCUUUGCUGAUGACUCACCCUGGACUACGGGUAAAGGAUUUAAAUUGUUGGUAACACGUUUGGCUUGUGAAAGAGAGGAAUUGUUGUUGAGGAAAUUAAAAGAUCAUGAUAAGGAUGAUGAACCGGAUAAUGAUGAUACUGUAGCGGUGUCAGCUCCUUCGGGACAUUUUAAACCACCUGAAUCAGAGCUUAUGCAGAUUUUUCGCAAUUUAACAGGUCAAGAACAGCAUCAGACGGUUCCAGUGCCACCUGUUUUCGGUUUAAACUAUCCCACACAAUUGCCCUCACCACCAUACCCAGCAACGGGAACAGUUUAUGUACCAGCUAGUGAAUCACGUGGCCCUUUGCCUAAUUAUCCCGGCAGCAAUGUUCAAACAUCUUGUACUGAUGAUAAUGGACAGCAAAGACAAUUGCCCAAUUAUUAUGGUGCUCUUAAUGGAAAUCAAUUGGCUCCUUAUGCCAAUUCUCUAGGAGGUAAUAUUCAGCCCAACUACUUGCCCUCCUAUGUUGCCUCGAACACUGUUAGUCAAUUGCCAUCCCAGCAAGCUGCACUUGUAGGAGCUGUCAAUAAUGGUUUUUUCACCAAUCCUAGAGAUCAGUAUAUAGGCUCUUGGUCUUCAACACCCAGUCUUCUAAGGGCUUACGAUAAUACUAUUGAUUCCUUGGAAACCUGCUGUGUAUCUGCCUUUCAGCAGAAACGUUUAUAUUUAUCCAGUCCCGGUUUUCCUCGCACUGUUUUCAGCAACAUUUUGCCAAAUUACCAAAAACGGGAUUGUGUAUUUCGUCUGCAAAAAUCUUCUUCUAGUGUUUGUCGUUUGCGUUUGGAUUUCAAAUUUUUCGAUUUUGGUCAAAGUUAUCAUGGUACCGGUUCGUAUAUGGGCAACAUAGGAAUGCCUGCCAUUCAAAAUACCCAAAAUGUCUGCCGUGAGGACUUUAUUGAAAUAGACAAUCAGCGUUUUUGUGGCUGCCGAUCGGGUAAUAUGUAUACAUCGUAUUGGACGAAUGCGGGCGAUAAAAAGUUGAGAAUGCGUAUGGGUUAUUCGGGUGUACCUUCGGGAGGUUUUCUAUUGGAACUAGUUCAGGAGGAAUGUUCAGAAACUCAAAUAGCUAUGAUGACCACUAAAAGGCCUCCAACCAUGAAUCCUAAUCUUAUAAAUAAUCAAUUAAUUGGUACCCAACCAGUACAACUAGCACAGCCAGCAUUAUUGGGACAACAACAACAAAAUCUGUACCCGGGUCAACAGCAAUCAAUAAAUGGUGCUUUAUAUCCCUCGCAACAACAGCAACAAAACUUCUAUGGUGGUUCUUAUCUAGGCAAUUAUCCGGCACAACAAUCUUUCCUACAAAAUCCCUUACAACAAUCCAACUAUUUAGGCCAACAACAACAGCAGCAGCUGUUCAAUAACCCUGCAGGUUUUUCAACAAAUUUACAACAACAAAAUCCCUUUUUAGCCCAACAACAACAACAGCAACUACAAUCUCUACAAAACAAUAACCUUUAUCAACCUAGUUAUCCCUCACAAUUCGGUUCGAAUUAUCUAUCUCAACCCGAUUUUCAACAUAAUCUUUUACAACAACAAGGUUUUGCCAAUAAUCCAUUUGGUUUGCCUCAAAUGCGAUAUGCCCGAUCCUAUGGUGACCAACAGCCUGUUACCGUAGUCGAAACAAAUUCUACACGCAAGGAAUAUUACUAUUCCCCCGACAAUGAUUCGUUAAACAUAAAUGAAGAUUUACCUUUAAUGUCUAGAUCUAGUUCAUCGGAAUCAUCUUCGAAAUGGGAUCGUAAAGAUACUAACGUUAGCGAGAAAAACGAAUCUACGGGUAAUUCGGUUCGUGAGAGUAGAAAGUGUUCCUUUGAUAUGGGUGAUAUAUUGCGUUUAUCUGUUGAUAUUCUAUGGAUAACAAAACCGAUAUGUUAUGCUCCUCAGAGAAAUUGGUUUACUAAUUGGAUUGGUUAGAGAGGGGCGAAAAUUGCGAAAUAAGAUACAUGUUUUCUUUAGUCGAGAGUAUUUGAUUUGUAAAUUGUGUGUUCAAAUUUAAUAAAAAAUAUUAAAUAUAUAUGUUUUAAAA